UGCAGCAUCCCAGGUCUACAACGACCUACGUACGCACUAAACACGGAACCUCGGAAUUGUUGACGGGGCGCAUAGUACAGCUAUGGUGCUUUCAACGUGCACAUCGGCCACGUUUGCGUCGUGGGCUACUGAUGUUACAAAAUGCACGAAUCCAACUUUUGACAAGGUGUUAACGUCCAACUGGAGCAAUUUUAAGGCACAACAGGAUGUGUUGACUGUUCUUAGAGCCAUUACCAAAGUUAUUCAGGAUCGUGGAGGCAGUGAGUCAUCGACAGAAUACUACGCCUCGCUGCUUACCGCUCUAAAUACUCCAUCCGAAACGAAAGCCGCUGAGUCAUUUCUGUUAAAGCUGGUGUUCAAAUCCUUGCCUGACAGUGUUCUGCGCUCAACAUUUGGCGAAGCGUCGAAAAUAAUUGUUCAUGCUUUGAACAUGUGUCUCUCUUCAGGCAGUGACGAUGUGCCUCAGAUUAAAUCCCUGCUCGUUUGCCUAGGUCAUCUUCUUUGUGCACAGUCUCCAGAUUCUUGGUCAAUUGAAUCUGUCAGGCAUAUGUAUAGGCAUUUACUACGUUUCGUUGAUCACGAAAAACCGGCGAUCCGCAAGGCGAUCCAUGUGUCUGUUCACAACAUUUUAAACGUUAACCAAGUUAAUUUGGAGACCUCUCGUUUCCAUCCCGCUUGUCACCAAACAGUGGAGCAUCUGUGCUCCAUAGUAAAACAGCAAUCUCGUCAGCUUAUCGCGGUGCUGUGCACACAGGACAACCACUGUACUCGUCUCCUACACUGUGUAGAGUUGCUGACGUCAAUUCUUCAUCUACUGCCCCCCAAAGAAGUGAAGACCGCUUGCGAGUGCAUUCUUGAAUUGGUUGAAUUCCCAAAUUCUCUGGUUGUCGCAAAGUCCUAUGAUUGCUUUCGCGUCCUUUUCGAUAACCGACCUUCGUUCUCGCUUCCAUUGGAUUUGGCCGCGCGUUUAUUAACGGCUCUGCACUCCUUUCGCCCGAAUGACCCAGCUGUUUUAGAUGUAUCGGGCGGCUCGAGCACAUCCACGGGCGGAUUCACUGGUGUUGAUGUCAUGAUCUCCUGGUGCAAAGCCAUUCGGUCGGGCUGUACGUAUUUAUGUGAGCUCAGCUGCGAAUCGAUCGAAUCUAGUGUCACGCACUCGCGUGCAUCUGAUCCUUCAUCCGCUGACCCUCAAAAUGUAGCAACUGAGCAUAUGGAUAAGUUGCUGAAGUGUUUUUUGGAUAUCCUGAUCACUACACCACUACCAAAUCUCAAGGAUACAGUCGCCAAAAUGAUGGAUGAUUUGAUGGUUACUCAGCUGAUAUCACGCCAUUUCGUGUCCCCUACCAUAUACAUUGAUUCGUGGAACCUUCUCUUUGUCCACUGCUGUUGCACCUUUAUUUAUCUACCGGUUUGCGCCUUUCUUUUUAGUCCAGUAUACUUGGAAAUAUUACAAAUACUGGUUCCGCAUACCCGCGCCGAGGAGAUCAGUUCGUUCCUCACCAACCUAAAUGAUUAUUUCACAAGCUCUUCAAGAACCUUACAGAAACGAGCCUAUCGGCUGUUGGAGCUGAUUUGCCUUGGGUCCACUCCGUCAUCCAAGGAGUAUUUGAAGGAGCACCUGAACCAGUUACUCUGUUGGCUACAUUUACUGGCCGGCACAGUCACCAGGACCAGUGGUUUUGAUGCUCCUCUGGAUGUGCCAUCUAAAGAGGAUCUCAGUGGGUCCAGUGAUGCACCUGACUUAUCCAGCCACUUAGCCAAGCUGUCCUUCGUCGGCUCCAACGUCGCGACGGACCACCACCUGGUUAAGGGGAACAAGAGAGCACGAACCAACGUUCCAUGGAAGCCGCGGAUCCGCUGUCUACAUCACCUCUUGAUACAGCUUGUCACUCAGGAACAGGAAGUCAUCUCAGAUCCCUCUACCGCCCUCGAAAACCCUCGGUUGCGAGAGUUUGCAAACAUGUUUCUUCCGGAGAUCCUUGCUGCAGUGUGUGAAGCCAAUCGAGUAGUUCGAACUCUUGCAUAUCGACUAGUCGUUCAGUUGACUCUCGCUUUCGCUGGGCGUGCCGCUGAGGCGUCAUCGAACAUACCCGCUUCUGACGUCGGUUCUGGAAUUUUCCGUAGCACCCGCAAUUACAAGCAGGUGCUUCCUACUGGAGACGAAACUGAUGAUGAUAACAGCAGCAUCGGCGGUUCUGACGGUACGUCAGUCGGUCAACCGUCGUCGCUUGGGCGCUUCACGUGUGCAGAUGGCGAUGACCUCAGGUCCACCAGGUCGAUUGCAAGCCCGAUGUGCCUUAAUAUUUGCAGCGCACUCCAUCUGAUGCUUUCGCGCCUCUGGGGUUGUCUGCCUCCUCAAGCAUCAGUUGCCUCUAACCGAGGAGAAUUAGUGGCUCAAGAAUCUGCCGGGCGCGUUAUGUGCCACUUGUUGAAACAUCUUCGGUUUCGGCGGUCACUUCUACUCGUCUUGGAGUCUGACGAUGAUGAAGGUGCUCAAACACGUGUGCACGCCUCCGCCAUCCUCAAUAAUGCCCACAUCAUAUCACAGCUCUUGAUACGUUCACCACAACGUCCUUUUGCUCGUCUCGGUCUGCAGUUGGUUCGAUUACUUCUGGCGUUCGUCGGGUUCUCCUCCAUAAGUUUGACUGAUCUUGUGCAAUCAUUGCAGUCUCUACACUCUACUCAGAAACGCCCACUCCGAUUCGCCGUGAAGGCCAUUUUGGAGAAGAUGGUCAAGCGCUUCGGCCGAAAGACUUUGCAGGGCAUGAUGACACCGGAGUACGCAAAAGUGGUUCGUAACUCUGCCCGCACCAUGGCUCGCUUGGAACGUCGACGGACUGCAUUGCCCACCGCAAAUGAACGUGCUAAUAAGGCUCUCAGUGCCGCUGGCUCCGUGAGUCUGAAAGAAAGUACGAGCGCUGUCAAUUCUCAUCGCAAGAAUGUCAGAAGCAUCUCUGGCCGCACCCACCUGUCUCUCCCACCUCGGGUUCAUAUACCGUCUUUCGAAGAGCUUUUGGUCGCAUCCAGUGAUGAGGAGAUCCCAAUAACUCAGCGUGCCACAUCAGUCCGUUCUGCUGUGUCAGACAAAAGAAGUAAGAAGUCGGUCGCUUCCGCUUUGGGUCCAAAGUCUUUGGCCGAAGAACUGGAAUCUUUAGCUGAGACGGCUGGCCUCUGUCAGCGUUCUCGAAAGCGUAUGCUUCGCGAUCGUGGUUCAGUGAAUGACUCCGAUGGCAGUGAUGAUGACGGCGUUGAAGUAGAUGGCCGCACCUUCGCCACGAUAGAUACGAAGAGGAAGGGUAUACGACGUGGAGUUCGAUUUGCCGACACGACCAGCAUGAUAUCUGACAGUGUGCCGAAGAGAAAGCGAUCUCGUGCCAUAUCUGAAGGUUCGGGUACUCCUGGUUUGUGGCUCGUGGAACAGCCGGACACCGACGAUAUUAUCGAUCUGUCUGAUCCAAAAGCGCUUGCUCGUCACACGGCCUUUACCACAGAUGCAAAGACAGCUAGAGCAGCAGCGAACGCAUUGCGUAAGAUUACGGCCAAACAGUCCGUGAGCACAACUUUCCCAAUUGUUGACGGGAAAAUUCUGAUCGAUGGGGGUGAAAGGACGACUAGGGGAGCGACGCAAGAGAUUGAUUGGGGCGAACUUUCAAGCGACGAUGAUGGCAACAAUCUGAAAGCCACUGGCACUUGGUCAGACUACAGAACCCCGACGAAAAUAAAAGGUAAACGUUCGGCGGUAAAAUCUAUUCCUGGACGGAUCUACGCCUCUUCCAAAGCCGAGGGAGAUAUGCGACGUGCAGGUCAGCCAGAACCAUAUGCAUAUGUGGCUUUGGGAUCUGGGCUUGGCGCACGUGGAAAAACGGCUUCUACCGCGGAACGCAGACGUCUUCUUAAGGCAGUCGGCGUUGGCAAGCACAAACGGAACAAGUUGAAAGUCGGGUUAGGAUCUGCUGCUAAAAAAAGCAAACCAAGACAUAAGAAAUCCUGAGCUUGCUUUUUGUGGGAACAUUUCGACUGUUAUUUAUCCGUGACACCAAUAGCGUUUUCGAGCGGAUACUUGCAGCAAGAAUUAAUUGUGCCAGUGAUGCGCGACUAUUAACUGCUGCUUCUGUUCAACUGACUGAUUGAUACUUUCUUACCUGGACAUCUGUUGUUUACACGGACGUAAUCGCGUAAGCUUUUUUCGGAUUCAUCUUUUUGCUAACUAAAUGAUAGUCCUAUCCUAAGCCCAUUAGUUUGCUGUUUGAACACACUUCAAGAGUUUCAUAUUUUCAUGUGUGACACUUGUACAGGUAUCGCGAGUGAACUUUCUUGAUUCCGCUUGCUCUGUGUGGUCAGAUGUUUCUUCACUAAUUCUCGUCUUUUUUGCGUGAAAUACAUGGCUUUUCCUACGAAUUU